AUGGACUGGCACCAGAUCCUCCGUUUUUUUACUCCUUCGCCAUUGCUCCCACCUGAAACAGCCCUUAACUCCGGUUCUUCUGCAGGAACAACCGUCGAAUUGCACCCACUCGAAUACCUACUCAAUUUCGUUUCCCCGGAAAAACCUCGUUUGCCGGUUUCUUCAAUUGACCCCCGUCGUCGAUUUACCCCCCAAUUGGCUGUCUCGGCCAUUGCCUCGGUACUAGUUACGCUCUGGAUCCUCACCCCCACUCUUUUCACCAAAAAACAAAAACCAAUGUUCACCAAAAGACCCGACAAGUAUGCGGCCGGGUUCAUCAACAUGCGCAACGACUGCUUUGCCAAUUCGUCGCUCCAGGCGUACUCGUCGUUACCCAGCUUCACCGAGUACCUAAAUAAGAUGUUGGAGGUGUACCACCAUACGAUGGAGUUGGUGGGGCAGCUCGAUAUCGACCUCGACCAGGUGGUGGACUUGGACAAGAUCCGCGCCUUUUCGCACUCCAAGUUCAACGCGGCCGAGCUGGGUCAGACCGCGAAGACCGCCCGCGACUACUUCAAAGUCAACUUGCACGUGGCCAUGGCCAAGAUGUUGUCCAAGUUGAACGACACCCAGAUGCUGACCAAGAACUUGUCGGUGUGGACGUUCCUCCACGAGAUCGAGAAGAUCUACAAUGCGCGCAUCUCCAAGUCGCAGCACGAUGCGCAUGAGUUGACCCAGCUCAUCAACGAGACCUUGGAGACCGAGAACAUCAUCUGUAUCCGCGUGCUGAAGCUGAUCUCCGAGCACUUGCAGAAACUGCCCGAGUUGGCGCCCUACGUGCUGCUGCUCCAGGAGUUCCCCGAGUUCCCGAUCGGCGGGUUGGUCAUUCUGCAGAUGAAGUGUUUGACCUGUGCGUCGGUGUCCAAGCCGGGCAUCCUGCCUUUCUUGAUGUUGACGCUCCAUCCGCCGCAGGAGGCCACCACGGAUCUAGAUACGUUGUUGGCGAAGAACGGCUCCGAGACCAUCACCGAGUACCACUGUUUGAAGUGUCGGUUGUCGAAAAUCAUCAUCAAUGAGGACUACAUGAAGGAGAAUGGCCACACAAACGCUCCAGAGGAAGAGGAAAUUGUCACAAAGUUGAGAGAAUGCAAUAAUGACGCCCACUUGUUCAUCAACGAAGACUUGCCAACGGAGCUCGAGAAGUAUGUGGCUACCUAUAAGAAGGGAGGCUUGGACAUUCUGACCAUCACCUCUGAUGUAUUCAGAGAAACUCACAUCUUGAAGCCACCCAAAGUCUUUGGAAUCCACCUUUCUCGUUCCGCUUUCAACGGUGUCACCCUCAGCAGAAACCCGUGCAGAGUCAGUUUCGAGGACAAGCUCUCGUUGUCCAUCGAGGAUGACUACGUUGGGGACUUGCAGAAACUCAAGCUGCAGUUCAACCACGAGGCUAACUUGGACACCCACAAAACGGGCGUUUUGACCACGGAUGUCAACGAUAUGGAGCAUGCGUCUACCGCUUCGGAAGACUCCAACUUCCGCGAGGAGGUGGUCAACGAGCGCGAGCAAGAUCUUUUGAAUACCGCCAGCAGUGAGAACGAUGAUGUGGAACUGGAGCUUAUAGACAAUCUGUCACUGACAUCCGAGACCUCGCUCAAUACCACCAUUGCUCCAUCCAAGCAAGAGACACUCAAUAGCGCUCCCAUUUCCGAGGACCAAACGAAGAACUUGAUCAAGCACUUUGGACAAUUCAAAUUCAACGAAAACAACGUUUACAAGUAUAGAUUGAGAGCGCUUAUCAGACACAACGGAUCGCACAUCCAGGGCCACUACGAAUGCUUCAAGCGCAAGCCAUUAUUUGUCAAAGACAGUGAGGGAAAUAUCUUCAAGCUUGCGCCCGAAAUUGAUACCAAUUUGGUCGAAGAGGUUCAGGAGCUUGAGCCCCAAACCGGCGACUCCAAAGACGCUGGCGCCCGCAACCCGUCGGCCGAUUACAGCGCUAAGCCUACCUUCCGCAAUAGAAUCUCCAGUAUCAUUGCCCGCAGACCCUCGAUCAUGCAAGCCACACCUACAGACUCCAAUUUGCAAGAGAUCAUUGACCUGGGCAUCGCCACGCCCUCGGAAGUGCUUUUGGACGGCGCAGACUACUUCCAGCCACCAAGCGCGCUGGACAUACAAAACCUGUUCGACAAAUUUGCCAAGCUGGGAUUUGCAGAGCCUGCUCCAGCGGAGAAAAAGGCGCCUGUGAUCAACAACCAGGUCAAGAUGAAGAAGAUCCCAUCGCUUCUCCGGUACCCAUACUGGCGCAUUGGCGACACACAGGUGCAAGAAGUAUCACGGUCAGCAGUGAUGUUUGAAACUACAAGUGUCUACAUGUUGUAUUACGAAAGAGUUGAUCGCAAACAGAUUAAGCGGUAG